UCUUUAAUGUACGACUGAAAAAGAGUUAGAUGACACAAAAAGUGAAAAUUUGAUCUAGGUACACACCAAGGAAAAAUAUUUCAUAUUAAAUGAAGGUUUCCAGGCGAGCCAUUAUCUUCCCUAGAAGAAGGCCAUAAAUGAACUUCCAUGCAUCUAAUUUAUCAUAUUUGAACUUAAAAGUCCUGUUUCUGGUCUCUUGGGUGCACCGGAAGGCUAAAUUUGAAACACAAGGUUGUUGCAGGCACAUUGUUGCAGGCACAUGCCUCCACGCCCAAGGCAGCAGCAUCGGGCGCCACCUUCAUCAGGGUCAUAAUUUCAUCAACCAAGGGCAAUGGUAACAACUAGAAGCAUGCCGCCACCACCAGGUUUGGGAGGCAUGGGAAUGCCACCAUCAUCAUCCUAUACGGAACGGGAGAAGGCACAAGAAGAGGUAAAAAGAAAUAUUGUUGAGUAUAGAGCCUUUUUGGAGUCUUGUAAUUUCAUAAAGGCAAAUACUCAAUGGAGGAAAGUUCAAGAUAGGCUGGAGGAUGAUGAGAGAUGCUCAAGACUGGAUAAAACAGAUCGGAUGGAGAUUUUCCAGGAGUAUAUACAUGAUUUGGAGAAGGAAGAAGGACAAAAAAUUCAAAAGGAACAAUUGCGAAAAAAGGAACGUAAAAAUCGGGAUGAAUUUCGAAGAUUAAUGGAGGAUCAUAAGGCCACUGGCCUGCUUACAGCAAAGACAUUGUGGCUUGAUUACUGUGCCAAGGUCAAGGACCAUUCUGCUUAUCUAGCCUUGGCUUCAAACACAUCUGGUUCACCGCCCAAGGAUUUGUUUGAAGAUGUUGCGGAAGAGAUGAAAAAGCAGUAUCAGGAGGACAAAGCAAACAUAAAAGAUGCUUUGAAGGCAGGAAAGUUCAUAGUAACAUCAGCAUGGACUCUUGACAAGUUCAAAACCUCCAUUGGUGAAGUAUAUGAUUUGGUUGCUGCAUCUAAAACAAAUCUUAAGCUUGUGUUUGAAGAAGAGCUUGAACAAGCAAAGGAAAAGGAAGAGAAAGAAGCGAAAAAGAGGCAAAGGGUAGCAGAUGAUUUCAAGGAUUUGCUUUAUUCUGUGAAGGAAAUUGUUGCUUCCUCAAAAUGGGAGGAUUGUAUACCUUUGCUCAAAGAUGCCCAAGUGUACAGGGCAAUUAGUGAUGAAAGCUUCUGUCGAGAGAUAUUUGAUGAGUACAUUGCACAUCUUCAAGAAAAGGUUAAGGAAGAGAAAUGCAAACGAGAUGAAAAGGUUAAGGAAAAGAAACGCAAACGAGAUGAAAAGGAGGAGCUACGCGUGUUGCAGUUACGUGAGCGACAUCCUGUGACACAGGGGUUGCGGGAUCGAUUGACACAGGCGGAGAUAGACUGCAUUGCCGCGACUGGUCUAUAUGAGGUGAUGCACAUGCCCGUGAUUCGUAUGAAUCACGGAUUGAUUACAGCAUUAGCAGAGCGGUGGCACAGCGAGACGUGCACCUUCCAUCUGGCGCAGGGGGAGAUGACAGUGACCUUAGAGGAUGUGUGGCGCAUCCUACGGAUUCCGAUUCGGGGGGAGCUAGUCACAUAUGACAGAUCCUGGGGGACUCUUGCAGUGCAGAGGAUUUUUGAUGAGGACGUUUUUAUUGAUGAUGGCUCCGUUGCUUGGGAGGAGAUAGCGGCGUUAUAUGAGCCGCUUCCAGCAGUUUUGUCAGGUAUUGUGGGAGGACUUCUUUGUCCAGACAGACGAUCACAUGGUUUGGUCGUCGGAUGGGGACAGGUUAUCGAGAUGAUGAUGACUGAGGGGACCCGAUUUGCGUGGGGGCCGUGCGUGCUGGCGCACCUAUACCAGGAGCUCCAUGAGGUGGUUUACCGGGGGAGGGGUUCCUUAGCAGUGGGCGUGACGCUGCUGCAUAUUUGGGCUUGGGAGCACCUACCAGUGACUCGACCGGUGAGUCUGAGAUUCCGAGCAGUAGAUCAGCCGUACAUGUUUAUGUAUAGUGACAUGAUGAGUCAGCCCCACCUGGGGAAGUUAGAGUGGUGGCGGCGGGCAUUAGAUGAUCUGGAUGCAGUUAUAUGGUGGCCAUAUUUAGAGUGUGAGCCAUGGGAUGAUGAUGCAGAGGCACUGCCUUACGUUUUUAUGACCCGAUUCCUCAUUGGGAGAACCGCAUACCAUGUGGAGAGACAGGUGCCUGGGAGAGUGCUAAGACAGUUUGGGCGGCAGCAGGGAUUGCCCAGUGGAUCAGGAGAAUAUGCUCGAGUUAUUCGUGAUAGGUAUGCAUGGGGGCCAGUGCUACCAUAUGAUCAGGCAUUGGCAGAGUUCCAGACAUUGCAGGCGAGACCGUGGGAUAUACGACCGAGGGUCGUGGAUGCAGGUGUUACAAAUGAGUACACGCAGUACCGGGCAACGCACCCGAUUUUACGAAUCUCUGAUCCAGUAGAGCCGAUCCCAGAUUUUGAGGAUGAGAGGGGAUGGAGACGGAGGAGGGCAGGGGGUCGAGGAUCGAGGGCAGGUGGAGGAGAUGGAGGAGGAGGUGGAGGAGGUGGUGGUGGAUUGGGGAUGUGGAGUCAGCGGAGAGGGAGAGGUGGACUGCCUCUACAGAUAUCACAGGGACCAUUGAUACAGGGAGGAGUUCAGCUGAGUGGGAGGGGGAUGGAGAGGGAGAUCCCGAUGGACAGAGGGGAGGGUGCUACUGGAGAGGGUGGUGUAGGGGAGGCAGCUAUGGAUACUGGAGAGGGAGCCACUGAAGAUCUGCGAGAUCAUAUGAUAGUACGUUUGCAGACUCAGAUAGAGGAUUUGGAGGCGGAGGUGGCAGCUAGAGAUGUGCAGCUCUUUGCACGGGAGUCAGAGUUGGCGGUGGUGCUGCGAGAGAGGGAUAGUGCAGUGGAGAGAUUUGCAGAGCUGCAGGAGAGAGUGCGGGUUGGAGUAGGAGCACAGGGGCCUAUGGGGGAGGUGAUGAGGGAGAUGCGACGAGCACAGACAGAGAUAGACUACUGGCGGGGUUUAUAUGAGCAGGUGGUGCCAGUUAGUCAGCGAGCUCUCAGUUAUUCGCAGAUGCGGCAGGCUAGAUCGAAGCGAUCGUAGAGGGUGUAGAGCAGUGGGGAUGUGAUGGGUCUGUUGCAGAGGGAGAGAUCAGGGGAUGCAGGAGGGAGUGGUGGUUCGAUGAGGCCUCCAUGGAGAGAUGGAUCAGGUGGUGCGAGCACCAGUGGGAGAGCAGGUGGAGAUGGAGGUGGUGGUACAGUAUCUGGCCAGAGUGGCAUUUGAGAGAGCAUUUUUGCAUAUAUGUAUUGUAUCAUUGUCUAUUUUUUGGACUGUAUCUUGGAUGGCUCUUGGUAGCCGAUUUUGUAGACUUCAUUGUACUCUGAUAUAUGAGAUGAUAUAUAUGAG